ACCCAACUCUUCCGCUGAAACCCUCCUCCGUCUUCUCCAUCUCAUCCUCCAAUGGAGUCGCUCCUGCACUCGUCUUCGUCUCUAGUAUCUCUCGGACCCAGAAUAGACGGCCGAGAUUCGUUCAUCAACUCUGCCCGCGUGUGCUUCAUACCUAGUCUCGGCCGCAGAGGAUCAAAGUCCCUUCCUUUGGUCGCCGCCGCGAAGAAGAAGAAAAGCAAGAAAGAUGACAAUCACAGCUUCUCCGCUAGACCUGACGAAGCCACCGGUCCGUUUCCCGAAUCCAUUCUUCUGAAAGAGAAGAAGGUCGAUGAGGAAGGUGAUCUUCUUCCUGAGUUCGCUGAUGAUGAAGAAAAGGAGCUAUACGAGUUUCUUGAUCUUCAGCUUCAGAGUGACUUGAAUGAAGAAAGGAUGAGACACUAUGAGGUGGUUUACUUGAUUCAUGAGAAACAUGCAGAGGAGGUCGAAAGAGUCAAUGAGAAAGUUCAAGAGUUUCUGAAGGAGAAGAAGGGGAAAGUGUGGAGGUUUAGUGACUGGGGAAUGCGUAGACUGGCGUAUAAGAUACAGAAGGCAGAGAAUGCACAUUAUAUACUGAUGAACUUUGAGAUGGAAGCGAAACACUUGAACGAGUUCAAAGGGAUGUUGGAUGGUGAUGAGAGGGUGAUUAGGCAUCUCGUGAUGAAACGUGAUGAGGCUAUUACAGAAGACUGCCCUCCCCCUCCCGAGUUUCACUCUGUUCGUGCAAGUAUGGACGAGGAUGACGUCUUUGAUGAUGAUGAGGAAGAGGAGUUUGAAGAAGAGGAAGAAGGUGAUGAUGUAGAGUACGAAGUAGAUGAGGAUGGUAAUGUUGUUAUGGUGGUGUAUGAAGAUGAACAAGGGGAAGGGGAAGAAGAUGGAGAUGAUGUACAAGAACAAGGACAGGGCCAGUCAAAUAAAGACUUGAGAGAAAACCGAACAACGGUUAACGUUUGAUGAGGUUAGAGAGCUGUUUGUAGAUCUUUCAGCGUUUUGGGACAUGGGAUUUGUAUGACAAUAUUACAUCAUCAAACGUACCAAAUCAAGAAUGAGAAACUAAAAACUUAAACUU